AUGGCCAACGAUGAAUAUGAUUUCCUCUUCAAAGUGGUGCUGAUCGGAGACUCGGGUGUUGGUAAAUCCAACCUGCUGAGCCGUUUCACCCGCAACGAGUUCAACCUGGACUCCAAGUCCACCAUCGGUGUCGAGUUCGCAACUCGUUCAAUCCAAGUCGACUCUAAGACCAUCAAGGCACAGAUCUGGGAUACUGCUGGCCAGGAGCGCUACCGUGCCAUUACCUCGGCUUACUACCGUGGCGCCGUCGGCGCUCUCCUCGUCUACGAUAUCAGCAAGCACCAGACUUACGAGAAUGUCAACCGGUGGUUGAAGGAGCUGCGGGAUCACGCCGAUUCCAACAUCGUCAUCAUGUUGGUCGGUAACAAGAGUGAUUUGCGGCACCUGCGUGCGGUCCCCACCGAGGAGGCCAAGCAAUUUGCCAGCGAGAACAACCUCUCUUUCAUCGAAACCUCCGCCCUUGACGCCAGCAACGUCGAACUUGCCUUCCAGAACAUCCUCACAGAAAUCUACCGCAUCGUUUCCAGCAAGGCUCUGGACUCCGGCGAGUCGAGCACGAACCCACCUGUGGGCCGCACUAUCGACUUCACCCCGCAGCCCAACGAGCAGAAGCAGGGCUGCUGCUAA